GAGAAUUUUAUUAAGAGGCGUCUGCAAGAAUCGGGGCUAUUAUGUUGAGGCGAAUACACUACACCACUCUUUGCCACAAAUCUUGGAAUCCAUGUGAUAUCAAAUCACGUCAAUCAUUUGUUAUCAAAUCUAAAAUAGUUCAGCAUUUCAUUUGAACGAAUCACGUAAUGUAAUCAGUAGGCAAAAUGCAACCGAAUGCAAUAUUAUACCGGCAGUAAGGCGGUUAUCACACGACGCGGCCUUUUUGGAUUGGUCAGGUUGAUUUCCAAAGAAAACUUUAUAUUUAAUAGUUAGUAAUAUUGAAGAAUAAAGAAUUUUGUUUUCUAUAAAAAAUAUUUUGUUUUAAUAAACCUCACUAUCACAAACAAGCAGUUUUCAUCGUUUUCAGCCAUCCUUACUUUACAUUUUUUAUGAACUAGACGAGAUCCCAAAAAUUUCGGGAUCUCGCGGGAUUCAUAUUUCCAAUCCCGCGGGAUCUCGAAUUUUCCAUCUCGAGUCACGCUUUCAUUCCCUUGCCAGCACUCUCACGCACAGUUGUUGAAGCACACGGAAUGACUGAUUCCGAAAUUUGAUUGAGCGCGUUCAUUGAAUGAAAGAGAGCCAUCGCCGGUUGACAGGAAGGGGUACGAAGCAGGAAUGACUGAUACUUGAACACAAGUCAACACUACCUUGCCAAUCACUUUGCCGCCGACCGCUUCGCCGCCGACCGCUUCGCCGCCGACCGCUUCGCCGCUGACCGCUUCGCCGCCGACCGCAGCCGCGACCGCGUCGUGUGAUAACCGCCUAAGUUGCAUGCACAAUGCAAUGAGGAUAACUCAACUUUCACUUCUCUUGCUAAAGGGCGCGAGUUAACAGGUUUCCGGAGAAUUUGAUUGCUUUCAACCGAUUUCAAGAUGGCGAGAACAUUAAGAAAGCUUUACAGAUUCAAUAUGUUAGCCGAGUUCGGAGAAGGCAUAACUUACGUCUUAUUGUAGUGAGCUCUAAACCUCUGAAUUGGACUUUAAAAAGUUUGAAUUCAUGUUUCGAUCCUAGAGAAUGUGGUUUCCAGGAUUUGAGCCCGACUAAAGCCAAUACGGUCUCCCCUAUUACCUACAUGGGACUGGCUGGCUGGCUAGGAGUGGGUGCAUGUGUGUAUAGUAUACGUACAAGGUGUUAGUGACAUCGUAACGAAUGCUGAGGGGGAUGAUUCAGACCAAGAUCUGAGUUGAUAUCAAGUGGAAUUUUCCGUCGCAAAAGUAUAGAACGGAAAAUAAAUUUAUGUAUAUUACGUAAUAAUAUUAUGUAUAUUAGAGCGCGUGAUGCUUCGUAACACGGUCGGGUUAUACUGUGAUUCGGAUUGACCGGGAGAACUUGUUUUAGUGUAUUUUAAACUAAAAUAAUAAUUUUGGUGGGUUUUACUGCGAAAAUUAAAAUGUUUAUACUAUGAUAACAUGCACAAUGUCAUUACUUAUUAGAAAUACUUAAUUACGAUGAUCCAUCUUUCUUUUUUCGCUUUGAGCUUCUAUUUUUGCAAGUUUUUACCACGCACUUCCCCGUGUUGCCAGUUCGGAGCCUAAUCGCGCACUGAGGUAAAGUACUGUCAACGUCGCUACAUUAACAGUAACUUUGCGUCCCACUUUUUGAGCGCUGAUGUGGUAUAAUGCGCGAGAGCUUGCGUCGGCUGGCGUCGGACGACGGCAUGUCUGCGCGGACGUCCCGCGUGGCGGGGACGCGGCGCGUGCGCAUCGAGCUUCUGGACGGGGAGCACAUCAAUAUUGACAUCGACCGUAAAGCCCGAGGAGCUGACCUGGUGGACAAAGUAUGCGAGUCCUUAGACCUGGUGGAGACGGACUACUUCGGGCUACUGCACGCACAGCGAGGGGAUCCACGCGUGUGGGUCGACCUGGGUCGGAGGCUGUCCAAAACUUUCAGGAAUGAACCCUGGGACGUGCGCCUGGCAGUCAAGUUCUACCCGCCCGAGCCAUCAGAGCUGCGUGAUGACGUCACAAGGUACCAGCUCGGGCUUGCAGUCAGGCGCGAUCUGAUGGAGAGCCGCCUAUCGUGCUCAACAAUAACGUACGCGCUCCUCGCCUCGUAUAUCCUGCAGGCUGAGCUGGGAGACUAUGAGGAGGGCCACAUGCGGCCCGCUGUGCUCACCGAGCACCGGGUGGCCCCUAUCAACGUGCUGGAUGAUGAGCUGGAGGAGAAGAUACGGGAGCUUUAUAGGAAACACAAAGGGCAGACACCAGCGGAAGCAGAGCUGAACUACCUGGAGAAUGCCAAGAAACUGGCCCUGUACGGCGCCGAGCUGCACUGCGCCUGCGACUCCGACGACAUAGACAUAGUGUUGGCUGUGUGCGCGCACGGCAUCUCUAUCUACAGGGACGGACUCCUGAUGAACCGGUUCCCCUGGGCUAAGAUCCUGAAGAUCAGCUACAACAAGCGCGCAUACACGCUGCGGCUACGUGCCAGCGAGUUCGACGAGUUCGAGACUCACCUCGGGUUCAAACUACCCUCCACCAGGGCUUGCAAGAAACUGUGGAAGUGCAGCGUCGAGCAUCACAUCUUCUUCAGACGCGAAACACCAGUGAAGGUGGAGCGCGUGUCUGGAUUCCCCCGGCUGGGGUCUCGACGACUGUCCUGCCGCCGCACCCUGAGACAGCUGCGGGCGGAGCCCCUUCUCCGGGAGGUCACCGCUUGACGACAGCUCGGUACUCUCAAGGUGGUUAGAGAGUAACAUAGUACUGUUGCCGGACUAUCGAUAGUUGACCUUUGAAAUCAUCUAUACUAUCGAUAGCUCAUUUAGUUCAAUACUAUCGUUACAGAGCAAUACUAUCGACAAUACUGACCAUUGCAAGGACUAGCGAUAUUACUGCUUCUGACUAUUGCAAGUACUAUCGAUAUUACUGCUUCUGACUAUUACAAGGACUAUCAAGAGUAUUGAUCUAAAUGAGCUAUUGGUAGUAUCGGUACUGUCGAUAGCCUAUAGUUAAUACUUACUGAUUUUUUAAACUGUCGAUAGUGGCAUAUCUUAGACCGUGGCAGUAGAGUAAUUAUUAAUUAGGUUUACUUGCUUAUAUCUUUAGAAUCGAUGUUUAUGUAUAAAAAACAAUUAAGUUUUUAAACUCCUAAACUAGAAUACAAUUUAACAGAACUGGCAUCUCUGUUUGUUACUCGACCACGGCGAACGCUGUGAACGUAUGUAUUUUCGAUAAAUAAUCACGAUCUUUAUAAAGCUCACUGUAUAAAUUCCCGGAUGCACAAUAAAGCAUACACACUAGUUACCAGGUAGAUUGAAUACACACAAUCUUACUUUGAAAUUUAUCUGGAAAAAACGUGGCGGUAUUAUGUAGUAUUAAAAAGACAACUUCGAUACUGCGUUCUAAUUAGACCCCAGCUCCACCUAGCAGCAGUUAUGCGUAACUAAUAUAUCUUAUUAGAAUAAUUUAUUGUCUGACACAUUAUUUAGACGCCUACAAUAUUAUUUUUUCAUGCAAAAUAUUAUCUUUCUAAUAUUGUAACGCAAAGACACAAAUGAAGCGCAAUUUAAAAAUAUUAAGAAAUAAUUAUUAAUGCAAAAGUGCCAUAAGUAUGUUAUGACGUAUGUUUAGACGCCAAACAUUUUAACUCAUUCUAAAGUUAACCCGUUUUACGAGGUCAUUUUACCUAAAUAGUAAUAAAUAAAGCAGAUACAAACAUUACAAGCCAUAUUAUUAUGCUUUGCCCGCCGACUACACACAUCAUCUUUGUGUUCUGCAUGCAUAGCACAUGCUUAGCCAGGAAUUAGGAAUGCAAUCCCGACUCGAGAUCGCUAAUUCGAGAUCCUACGGGAUUGGAAAUGUCAAUCCCGCGGGAUCCCGAAAUUUUCGGGAACAUUUUUGAAAGAGUAUAACUUAAGGAGAUUCGCCCAAUCCCGUCAAUCUCGAAUGGGAUCUCGUCAUAUUAUGCUUCGGGAUUGAUCCCGACAAAUUAGACGAGGUCUCGCGAGAUCGGGAUUGCAUUACCUACUAGGGGGAUUAAUAGAAUAGAAUAAUUUAUUUGCCAGAAAACAGUAUUCGCAGAUGUUAUUGUACGUAUAUACAGUAGUCCGUGUUUUCAGCUUACAAGUAAGCAUGCUUUAUGCUGUUGUGCUACACAUGCAUCUACAAUUACAUAAGAAUCAAACAUAAAAUAAAAUAAUAAUAAAACUCUAAUUAACAAUGUCAAAGUUUAGUUUUUAUAACCUAGAAAUUCAUUAAUACUAUAAAAGCAAUGUUGUAGCAACCAUUUUGUCAAAUUAACUUUCAGAGCAGCUUUGGUCAUAUUUUUAAAUGCGGUGGGAAGUUUAUUAUAUAUAACUAUACACAUAUUAGAUAUAUUCAUCUUGUAAAUAUAUUUAAAAAUGCCACUUCAAAGCAAUUUGCAAUUUGACAUUUGCGCAUAAUUAUAAAGGUGCGCAAUGCAAACAAAUGCCAAAUAGCAAUAUUGCUUUGUAAGAUGAAUUGAUUUGAUGUGGCCUUUUUAACCCAUGGAUUAAAAGGAACAUUGCGUGGCAUGCGGCGCAUGGCGUGUGUGCGAGGCAUACGACUCUAUCACAAUUAUUUCAACUUACAUUAUUAUGUGCUUAACUGUAAUGAAUCACUAAUUACAAGUAUUUUAAACUGUACAUUUAGCUAGUAAGUAAGUAAUAAAUAUAUUUUU